UUAAAUCAAAGUUUUUUCUUCCUUGCUUCCCACACACAGCAAUGUCUGAUUCCGAAUCCGUUGUUCAUUUGGCAUUCCUUCCAAGUGCUGGAAUGGGCCACCUUAACCCCUGUCUUAGAACAGCAUCAUUGUUCCUACGCAAAGGUUGUAGAGUCACUCUCAUCACUCCCAAACCCACUGUUUCUCUCGCUGAAUCGAACCUCAUUUCGCGCUUUUGUUCUUCUUUUCCUAACCAAGUCACCCAAAUGGACUUAAACCUUGUUCCUUUGGAUGAUCCAGAGAAUGUUAACACCAACGACCCUUUUUGGCUUCAAUUUGAAACUAUUCGUCGUUCUGUUCACCUUGUAGCUCCUAUACUCUCCUCACUCUCACCAACCCUCUCAGCUUUCAUCUUUGAUGUUAGUUUAAUUUCCCCUUUGGUUCCAAUCAUUGAGAAACUCUCUUGUCCAAGCUACAUUUACUUCAUUGCACCAGCUAGAAUGUUCUCUUUUUUUGCAUACCUUUCUGUUCUAGCUGCUUCAAAUCCUGGUGCAAAACCUUUUUCAUUCAUUGGUGACGUUAUUAAAAUCCCCGGCAUUGCAUCACCGAUACCAAGAUCCUCUGUCCCUCCUUUGCUUCUUCAACCCAACUCUCUCUUUGAGAGCAUAUUGAUGGAGGACAGUCCUAAACUCACGAAGCUCAAUGGAGUUUUCAUCAAUACGUUUGAACAAAUAGAACCUGAGGCACUAGCAGCUCUAAAUGAGGGGAAAGUAGUUAAAGGGUUGCCACCUGCGUAUGGUGUUGGUCCCUUAAUGGUUGGUGAGUUUGAGAAGGUAGAUCAAGGGGAUGGGGGAUGCAUGAGUUCCAUAAUGAAGUGGCUUGAUGGACACGCAAAAGGGUCAGUGGUGUAUAUUUGUUUAGGGAAUAAAACUGCAAUAAGAAGGCAGCAAAUAAAGGACGUGGCUUUGGGGUUAAUAGAAUGUGGGUAUAGUUUUUUGUGGGUGGUGAAGUUGAAGGUAGUUGAUAGAGAGGAGGAGGAGGAGGAUUUGGAGGAUGUGUUAGGGAGCGAGUUGAUAAAUAAGGUGAGGGAAAAGGGCAUAGUUGUGAAGGAAUUUGUAAACCAAAUGGAGAUUUUGGGUCACCAUGCAGUUGGGGGUUUUUUGAGUCAUGGUGGUUGGAACUCAUUGGUUGAGGCUGUGUGGCAAGGAGUGCCCAUUCUUUCAUGGGCUCAGUUUGGGGAUCAAAAGAUAGGGUCUGAAGCAAUGAGGGAUGUUGGGGUGGGGGUUUUGCCUGAGGAGUGGGGGUGGGGAGGACAUGAGGUGGUGAAAAGUAAGGACUUUGCUAAGGAAAUCAAAGAGAUGAUGGGCAAUGAAUCUUUGAGGUCCCAAGUUAGAGAAAUGCAGAAGGUUGCUAGGAAGGCUGCUGGGGUUGGCGGAAGUUGUGAGGUUAUUGUUAAGAAACUAAUUGAAGAAUGGAAGAAGAAUGCUUAA